UUCUAUAGUGAACAUUCGGACCAAUGAACCUUCGGACUAUUGAACCUUCGGACUAUCGCUACGGCCCCGAUGGGCUCAAGCUUCCAAUGCCAAAUCCGUAUUGGGAAUUUAAUGACGGAAACAUGGAGAAUAAUCCAAACCGGAAAUUGCUUUCUGCGGGAUGAAACCAACGUGCUUCCGAUUAAACCAUGAGCACGAAAUUAAAAACCAGCUUUGCUGUGGAUAGCAGGUACAAUGCCUUUUACACAGGUGGCAAAGUACAGUUCUCCAAAGAUGGCAGCUUCAUGUUGUGUAGCUCAGGUAACCAGCUCCAGAUCCUGGAUGUCCAGACUGGACGGAUUCACAGCACUAUUGGACAGAAUGAAGAAGAAGAAGAAAUCACUAGUUUUAUACUAAGUCCAGAUGAUCAGACAUUGAUAGUAGCCGGCAGAAAUUUGCAGCUAAGACAGUGGGAGUGGAAGGAAAACAAGAUAGAAAGAACAUGGAAGGCAGUGCACAAUGCCCCUGUGACAUGCAUGGCCUUUGACAGCACCUCCACGCUGGUUGCCACGGGGAGUGCGGACUCCACCAUCAAGAUCUGGGACAUUAUCAAACAAUACUGCACUCAUAACUUGAGAGGACACACAGGAGUUGUGACAGGUGUUGCCUUCCAUCCAGACAUUGAGAGAAUGCAGUUGAUAAGUGCAGCUGAAGAUUAUAAAAUCCGUGUCUGGGACCUCAUGAAAAGUAGUUGCAUUGCUGUCCUUGACAAGCACUUCAGUGUCAUCACUGGGCUGCAAUUCACUGAAGAUGGCGACACCUUAUACAGUUGUGGCAGAGACAGUGUAGUAGUGGUGUGGGAUCUGCAUUCCUUUCUCUGCCUGAAGACUAUCCCAGUGUUUGAGCCAGUAGAAUCUGUGUUGCUUUUGUCACCCAAUAUGGACUAUCCCAAAUUGUCAGUGGUAGCAGGGGAACAGCAUUUCAUAACAGCUGGAAGCAAAGGUAUACUGAAAGUUUGGAACACCUCCAAGGCAGCAUGUGUCUACACACAAGAGGACAGCCCAGUUGCCUUGGCAGCAAGAAGCAGAGAAGUUGAAGAAAGUGACCAAAGGUCAAACAUUACUCAAGCCAUACACUGUCCAUCCAAUGGGGCUAUUACAGUGGUCACUUUUGACCAUUAUAUCAUAAUGUUUGACUUGGAGGGGUUUGAAGUGAAAAAGCAGUUUGCAGGUUACAAUGAUGACAUCCUAGACAUCCAUUUUCUUGGGGAGCAGGAAAGUCACAUUGCUGUGGCAACAAACAGUGAACUUAUCAAAGUGUUUGAGUUGAGCACCUGGAACUGCCAGAUUCUCCAUGGCCACACAGAUAUUGUGCUUAGUUUAGAUGUCUACCAAAAAGGAAACCUUCUAGUCAGCAGUUCUAAGGAUAACAGUAUCAGGCUAUGGCAAAUAGAUGGUGAUACUCAGAAAAUGAGCUGUGUAGCUGUAGGUCAAGGUCACACCCAUGCUGUUGGAGCAGUAGCAUUUUCAAGACUUGCCCCAAGUUUUAUUGUCAGUGGCAGUCAGGAUUGCACCAUCAAGCUGUGGUCAGUGCCAGACAAUCAUUGUGGCAACUCUGUGACAAAUCUUCAUGCUAACAUGACAGAGAAGGCACACGAGAAGGAUAUUAAUUCCAUCACAGUGUCACCCAAUGACAAAUUAUUGGCCACAGGAUCCCAGGAUAGGACAGCUAAAGUAUGGAAUGCUAGUAGCCUGUCUCUCCUAGGUGUGUGUAGAGGUCACAGGAGAGGGAUAUGGUGUGUCCAGUUCUCUCCUGUUGACCAGUGUUUGGCCACCUCCUCCAGUGAUGGGACCAUCAAGAUCUGGUCCCUCUCUGAUUUCACCUGUGUUAAGACAUUUGAAGGGCAUGACACAUCUGUUCUGAAAGUAAUUUUCUUGACCAGAGGGAUGCAGUUGAUGUCAAGUGGAUCUGAUGGUCUGCUGAAGUUGUGGAAUAUCAAGAAUAAUGAAUGUAUUAAGACUUUGGAUGAGCACACUGAGAAGGCUUGGGCUCUCACAGCCAAUAAAAAGGGAGACAUCAUUGUCAGUGGGGCAGCUGACUCCAGUAUCAUUGUUUGGAAGGACACAACAGAAACUGAAAUAGAAGAAGCAAAAGCCAAAGAGGAGGAUACCAUUAUCAAGGAACAAGAACUUUCCAACCUCCUACAGCAAAAAAAGUACUUGAAAGCAAUAGGAUUGGCCAUCACUCUAGAACAGCCAUUCAGAGUUCUGAAUAUCAUGAAAGAGAUCCUGAGUCAGCCUACAGGGCAGCAAGACUUGGCAGAUACUGUGCUUAAACUGAGAAUGGACCAAGCAGAUGCAGUCCUGAGGUUUUCUGUUCAGUGGAACACUAAUAGUAAGCAUUGCCACGUAGCCCAGUUUGUGCUGUCAGUGGUGCUGAAGGGUUACCCCCCUGAGGAGCUGAUGAAGCUGCCCAACUUUAAAGCCACAGUGGAGGGUCUCCUACCAUAUACAGAGCGUCAUUUCCAGAGGAUGAAGAGAUUGCAACAGCAGGCCACCUUUACAGACUACACGUGGCAGUGUAUGAAGCUGGGGCAAAGUGAUAGCAGGGUAAAAGAUAAUGAGGCAUCACACAGUGCUACUAACAUGGAGACUGAGAACUUUGUGGGUAAAACCCAGGAUCCUAAAGAUGGUGCUUCUCAGGAAAUGGUGGAUGAAACAGAUGAUUUGGGAGAAAGAAUCAGGAAAGCUGUACAGCAAAGGUUAAAAGAACUAGAUCAAAUAUCUGAAAAACAAUCUGGAGGAAAGACUAGCGAGUCUGAACAUAUUGAGGUAGAUAAAGGUAAUGGGGAAAACGAUGGAGAAAAUGUUAUAACAAAUGAGAAAACAAACUUAAAGGCAAAAAAGAAAAACAAAAACAAAAAAUCAGAUUUAACAGACUUGCAAAGGGACCAAGAGGAAGAAACCUCACCUGCUGAGAAAGUGACUACAAGAUUAGAACAUGCAAAAAAGAAGAAAACAAAGAAGGGAUUCAAAACUCCUGAUUCUAUGAAUAAAAGAAAAGUUCAUUCUAAGGAAAAUGGGAUCACAGAGACAAACAGGUCAUCAAAGAGAAGGAAGUCUUCUGCAAAGUGAGGUAGUCAUAAAGCAAGAGGGGCAUAUAAUGUUUAUUUGACAUUGAAGAAGUUUUUAAUGUCAUGAUCAUGAAGCGUUUAAUCAAUAAAUAUAUAUGUAUUGAAAAUGACUUGAAUAUUUUUUUCAAAAUUCAAGAUCUUAAAAUGCCCAUUUGAUUAGGCGGUCAAAGGCACCCUACUCAUAUUUGCCUGAAAAAUAAAUGCUUCAAAAUUAUUGAAUAAAAUAAUUCAUUUCUUGAAAAAAGAUCUUGUUUUUAAUGGAAAAUGCCAGGAAGGUGGUUACAAAAACAUAUUAUGAUGUGAAUAAUUGAAGGUAAAUCCUUUGCCUUGCUUAUUAAACAUGUUUCUCAUGUAUCUGUUUGUUUGAAAGAACUAUAAUGUUGUCAGUAACAAACAGGGGUUGAUUGGUCCGUUUUUGAACAGAUCACAGGUACUAUUAGUUUUUGGUUGAUUGUUUUAGAAUGUGGUCCCUUUUGUUAUAGUAAAUGUGAAAGUGAAUAUUUUUGUGCAAUACUAUGUAUUUUCAUAUCAGAUUUUAUUCGGCAAUGAAUUUAACUUGCCCCAGAUUGUGAUUGCACAACGCCAGUUUUCAGUUCAAUUCCUCCAAAUCAUUUUCAUACCUAUUUUUAUGCAAGGUCAUUUCUUCCUGUAAUCAGACCUUGAAAGUCCUCGAAUUGGGAUGAACUUUGGGAAAGAUACUGGAUACAAAGACACAGUGUUUAUGGUGAUCUAUUUAAAGUUCACAGAUUAAGCUUAUUUAAUGAAAUGCUUUCUCCUAUCUUGUCUGUUUGAAUAAUGCACUUCACUGUUUGAUUUUCCUCAAAGUUUGUUCAAACUUGAAACUUCCGUUGAUAAUGUGAAUGGUGAAGUUGUAAACCUCAAUACACCUGUUGAUUUAUGAGCUAUCUGCCUUACGCUAAUAAUUAAGAUGUGCAUCAAAAGCCAUUUAUAGAAGACUGGUGCAGAAGGACUCGUGUUAAAUGGGUCUAGAAAGUAUU